GUAAGCUACAAAACUUGGGAAAACCAUGCAGAAAAUAGGAUUCCUAAUCAAACCCAGGGCCUAAUGUCCCCCAGAAGCAGGAAAUCCCAACACAAGUGUGUAAACACACGCGGACCUGGACUUGGACCUGGAUUUGGACCUGGACUAACCCGAUGGACCAUCAUAUGAAUUUGCUGCUCAUGUGUGACGGUGCUUGCUCAGUGGUGAGUCGCUUACAAAGCCUAGUGCUGUUUUCAUGUGAAACAAAGCAAAGUCCACAGAAGAAGAAAGAAGUGUGUUUCCAGUUCCUGCAGAGUGCAGCCCUCCCCCGCCGUCCGGCCCCAAAACCCGGUGGGUUUCUCCGGUCACGACCAUAGACUGUAUAAAAGUGUACAGUUUAUGGGCACGACCCUGUGCUGGUCUUGGAUUCUUGGACAGAUGGAGAUCUCGUUCGCGGGGAAGCACGCUCUAGUUACGGGAGCAGGGAAAGGGAUUGGCAGAGCCACAGCAUGUUCUCUGUCCCGCUGUGGGGCAAAGGUGACCGCUCUCACACGCACACAGACUGACCUGGACAGCCUGCUUCUCGAGUGCCCCUCCAUUGUUCCUGUGUGUGUGGACCUGUCUGACUGGGGGGCUACAGCAGCUGCUCUGGAGCAUGCAGGACCCUUUGAUCUGCUUGUCAACAAUGCAGCCUGUGCCAUUCUGCAACCAUUCCUAGAGGUCACCCCAGAGAAGUUUGACCAGUUAUUCAGUGUGAAUGUGAAGGCAGUUCUACAUGUGUCUCAGAUAGUGGCCCGCUCCAUGAAAGCACGGGGCUCUGGAGGGUCCAUUGUGAAUGUGUCCAGUCAAGCUUCACAGUGCGCUCUCAGGGAUCACACUGUCUACUGUUCAACUAAAGCAGCCUUGGACAUGCUCACCAAAGUUAUGGCUCUGGAGCUGGGUCCUUAUAAGAUCCGUGUGAACUGUGUGAACCCCACAGUGGUGAUGACUGAGAUGGGACGUAUCGGUUGGAGUGAUGCUGAAAAAGCAAGUGCUAUGAAGUCUCGCAUCCCCCUGGGUCAAUUCGCAGAAGUGGAAGAUGUGGUCAAUAGUAUUUUGUUCUUGCUGAGUGACAAGAGCAACAUGACCAGUGGAGCAACGCUGCCAGUGGAUGGGGGCUUCUUGUGUUGUUAAGAUAAUUUUUUACAUUAAACUAAAGUCAUCUUACCCCA